AUGCCACAAAUAGUCCGACUCACCCUCUUCAAGAUUCCCGAUCCUGCCAUUAUCCAAGAAGCAAUCCAAAAGUACUCAACCCUGAGUCAAGAUGCCGUCAAGGACGGAAAGCAAUACAUCCAGCUCGCAUUAGCAAACCCAGCGCAUGCCGAUCCUCGAUCACAAGGCUACACGAUGGUAGCACGUACUGUUUUUGAAUCAAAGAACGAUAUGGACUACUACGACAAUGAGUGUCAGGCCCAUACGGCGAUUAAAGCAUAUGUGAAACCAAAUGUUGCUGGGCCACCGCUGGUACUCUAUACGGACGCUUGA